ACUCUGGAUUUGGCCCCGUGCGCACCAGUUCGUCGUUUGUGCUCCUGCCCGACAGAGCAUCGACGAGCGCACUGGAAAGCAUGCCUCAGCCACGAGUGCACUUUGUAGCGCGUCUUCUCAAGGGUGUAUCCCCGGCCCCCAUCUCGGUCGUUGUCGCCGCCUCUUCCCUUCGCGCGCCUCCGUCCAUCCCAAAGCCUACGAUCGCGUCUGUCUCGCGUGUGCACACCAAGGACGCUGCCUUCUUUGCUGACUUUAGCUAACACUGUAAGAAUGCUCGAAUGCUUCCUCUCAGCAUCAUAUGC